AAACUAAAUCAAUGACAGAAAAUCAUAACUGACGUACACACUUUCAGAACGUUAGUUUUUAAUGUUGAUUUUUGUGGAAAAACAGCGGAGGAAUCAGAAUUCUCAUUUUUAUUAAAAUUAUGCUAUAAAAUUGCGAAUAUGGACGAAGAAAAAACGGAAACCCUGGAUCUAUCGAGGCGUGGAUUAAAGAAAAUAGAGAAAGCGACUGCCGAGGAAUCAACGACAGUUAUUAAUUUAAUCCUCGAUCAAAAUGAAUUACAACGUCUCGACAACCUGGACACAUACAGCCGAGUCGAGAAUUUGUCAAUCUGCAAUAACUUCCUUCUCCGCAUGCACGGAGUGUCCCGGAUGACAAACAUCAGAGUCCUCGCCCUGAACAAUAAUGGGAUCCUACAAAUUGAGGGAUUGAAGGACUUGAUCUACUUAAAAGUAUUAAAACUAGCUGGUAACAACAUAAAGUCGAUCGAGCACCUGAACAACAACAUGCACAUUGAGCACCUAGACUUGUCCAACAACCAGAUCUCCUUCGUGGCCGACAUCUCCUAUAUGAAGAGCUUAAAGAAUCUAAACCUAGAGCGCAACCGCAUAGCCGACCUGCGGCAGUGCGACCGCUACCUGCCGCCCGCGCUCGCGCAGCUCGGGCUCGCCCACAACAACAUACAGGACCUGAACGAAGUGUCCCACCUUGUGCACUUGACCCAGCUCGAGGGGCUGACCGUGCAGGGCAACCCGUGUGUGAGCAUGAGCGGGAAGGAUAAAGUAGGUUUCGACUACCGGCCAUUUGUUCUGAACUGGAUCAUGAGCGUCAAGUCUAUUGAUGGAUUCGGCGUCAGCGCCAUUGAAAGUUUAAAAGCGGAAUGGCUGUACAGCCAGGGCAAGGGGCGGCACUUCCGAGCGGGCCAGCAGCGCGAGCUCGGCGCCUACCUCGCCGCCACCUGCCCGCUCACUGCCGAGUCACUGGAUACUGAGGACCAGAGGAAACUGAGGCUUAUACUCAGCAAGGCGCAGCACCAUCAACAGCAGUUGAAGGAGCACACCCCCAGUCCCGUCAAGUCUAAAUUGCAGUCGCCGAGGAUGCAAUCCCGCAUAACCCCCCGCCACAUGGGCCGCUCGCCCGACCGCAUGUCGUCAUCCUACCACUCGCCAGUGACGUCAUCUGACGCACGCCCCGUGACGUCAGACCGAGUGACGUCAGACCUGCACCGAGUGACGUCAGCCAGCGCCAUGACGCAGAGCUGUGACGCCGCCGCGUUCGCUGAUACUGCGUUCAGUGAGAAACGGGAUAGAGAAGCCCACACAACACCACAACAACAACAACAACAAAUACCAACACAUCAACCAAACAAGCCAGUGAACCAAAACUUAGAAGCUGCGUCCAAAAUGGUCCCCGUACCAGAAUCCCUCAUGAGCCCUGACUACCAAGACCCCAUCUAUGACAUUCAAAAACCUCGCGUAUUACCUGGCGGUAUGGUCUCUAAUACCUCGUCAAGCAACAGCAGCAUAGUCGAAGAGAAACGGCAGAUAGUCCAACCGAAUAGUAUAAAUAAGAACCAUAAAUCGUCGCCGAAGUUGAGCAAAAGUGCGACUUCUAGCCCGAAGUUAAGGUCUAAAUUGGAGCAAAGGAAGAAUAGCCUUACGCCGCGGGAGAAUGGAAAGGUUAAUGGGGUGGCUGACAGGGUCGAAGAGAAGGAAAAAGGUACACAAAGGCGCACAGUCAAAGCCGAAGAGACGUCAGCGGCCAUCACGAUCCAGCGAAUGUGGCGCGGCUACCGCAGCCGCAGCCUCAACAAGGACACGUUGCGGAUAUUACACGCCAUCCAGGCGUGCCGCGCGAGGCAGCACAUACAGCGGUUAACGUGCGACAUGGAGGCGACCAAAGCGGCGCUGGACAGCGAGCGCAAGAUUCAGCAGCUGCAGAUGCAGGCCAUCAACGCGCUGUGGAAGAAAGUCUCCACUAUUCAGGAUUCACAAAAGAAGUCUUCGGAAUGUGAUGACAACACGGAGGUGUUGAAACAGCUGACGGAGACUUGCUUCAACCUUCAGAGCCAGGUGGUAGAGCUACAAGGCUGCAUGCAGCAAGUGUUGCGAGCGGUGUCCAGAAGCAGCGCCACGCCCGUCGCCACGCAGACGGAUAUAUGUGCCGUUAUUACUCCUCAGGAGGACCGCUGCACGUGGCUGAAGCGUCCCCAAUCUCUGCCUCUCGCCACCUCGACCGUGCCCGCGCCGCCGCCACUGCACGAUAUGCAACACAAAACCGAACCACUAGACCUCGAUACGGCAGACGUCGAGCGAACAGAAUCGAACAUCGAAGAGAUACAGACAGACCAAAGUGAACAAGAAAAACUCGAGCCAACAGAACAAAACACAAUAUCGGAACACAAAGAUACCAAUGUCACAACCGACUGAUGCCCCAAACCCUUAGCCCCAUAGAAUUAAGGUUCAAUGUAGGUAAGUACCGCUAAAGCUGA